UGAUCUUGCUUAAAAAAGACGAGGAUUUCACAGUCUAUUUCUGACAAGCAACACGAUGGGAAAGUUGGUGCUUCUAGCUGUCCUAACACUGCUGCAACAGGGAGGGACAGCAACUGUCAAAAACCUCCCUGACCUAUCCCAUGACGGGACAGCAGCAACACACAAUCAAGUUACUGGACAGUGCACAAUGUGCUGUCCCUCGGAGCCCAGUGCAGCUCUCGAUCAUCUCUUGCUGUACUUGAGCACACAGGAUAGCAUAGAGGGACAGCUCGAACAGCUGAAGAACAAGACUGACAGUCUGGAUGGACAGCUGCAACAGCUAGCUCAACAGGAGCUGGCUGAAUUUCAGGCUGAGAGUGAUCUGCAGGCCACAGUGGAGGCUCUUCAGGCCACAGUCAGCAGUCAAGACAGCAUCAUCCAGCAGCAGGCUGCAGCUUUACAGCAGCUGCAGGGAACUCUGCAGCAACAGGAGAUAACACUGCAGCAGUGUACUACAAGUCUGCAGCAACUGGAGGACAAGGUGACUGGACCUCGUAACUGCUGGGAACUACUGAACAGCGGACACGACACAAGUGGUGUUUACAUCAUCUACCCUACAGCAGGGGGCAUCAGUCCUAUACAUGUCUACUGUGACAUGGACACUGAUGGGGGAGGAUGGACGGUUUUCCAAAGGCGUCAGGAUGGUUCCGUGGAUUUCUACCUGGACUGGCAGGCCUACAAGACAGGGUUUGGGGACCUCAGGGGAGAAUUCUGGUUGGGUAAUGACAACAUCCAUGACCUGACAGGACUGGGAGGAUAUGAACUAAGGAUAGACAUGGAAGACAUGGAGGGAAACUCAGCCUUCGCCAAGUACAACACCUUCAGGGUGGAGGAUGAAGGGCACAUGUACAGACUGACUGUAGGGGGAUAUUCAGGAACGGCAGGAGAUUCUUUGGCACCUCGACACCCGUCAAUGUUUUUCUCCACUAAGGACAGAGACAAUGAUACCAAUGAUCUCAGCUGUGCUCAGACCUACAAGGGAGCCUGGUGGUACGAAAGCUGUCAUGACUCCAACCUGAACGGCCUGUACCAUGCUGGGCACCACCAUUCCUACGCAGAUGGAGUUAACUGGGUUUCGUGGAAGGGGACGUACUAUUCUCUCAAACACACGGAGAUGAAAACCAGGCCUCGAGUCUAGAUUCACUCAGGCUGGAUGUUGAAUGCUUAUGACAGAAGUGUCGAUUAACCUUUCGCACACUGAAGUAGCCUUUUGACUACCAAUUCUCUAUUUGUAA